CAGUGCAAUUUUUAUUUUUUUUCAGAUGGAUUUUGAAAAUGAUGGAAAUUCUUCUUCUUCUCCUUCUUCGUCGCCGUCGUCUUCUCAAGAAAUCGCCGGCGAUCAGGCGGCGCCGGUGCUGCAGAAGCGGAGGGCGGGGAGGAAGAAGUUCCGGGAGACGCGCCACCCGGUGUACAGAGGCGUGAGGCGGCGGAACGAGGACAAGUGGGUGUGCGAAGUUCGCGAGCCGAAUAAGAAGUCGAGAAUAUGGUUAGGAACCUUCGCGACUCCGGAAAUGGCGGCUAGGGCUCACGACGUCGCCGCACUGGCGCUCCGCGGAGAAGCGGCGGCCUUGAACUUCCCAGGCGCCGCCGAGUCGCUCCCUCGCGCCACCUCGUGCUCUCCGGCGGAUAUCCGAGCCGCCGCCCUUCAACUCGCCAAUGCUCCGCCGCCGCCGCCUCCGCAGUUUCCAUGCAUUAGUCGAGAUCACUCCGCGGAGGCGGCUUCGAGCUCGAGAACUAUUGAUUUGCCGGGACUUGAUUUUUUCGGCAAUGCGUCGACGUUUUUGGAUGAAGAGGCGGUGUUCAACCUGCCGGCGUUACUGGACAACAUGGCGGAGGGCAUGCUUAUUACUCCGCCGGCGAUGAAGAAAGGGUUCAGUUGGGACGAUGAAGGAGAUGGUAUUGAUCUUACACUCUGGAAACAUUAAUAUUGAUCAAUAAGUCUUCUGUGAGGCCGUAUCACUGCGAGAUUACAUGUAAUUUUUUUUUUGGUUAAAGUGUAAUAUAUUUCAUUAGUGCAUAAAAAAUAUAUUAUAUUUUAACUACAAAGUAUUACACGUGAUGGGAAGGGCACACACCCAGUCAGACUAGGUAGGGGAGGAUAGGUAGGGUCGGCGAAUAGACCGAGUAUGAAAGGUAGGGUACCAGUCGGAUGAGCAUUGUCUAGUCGUCAGGUGGGCGCAACAAUCAUGCUAAUAGACAGGUUGACAGAGAUAUGGAAAUAGUCAGUCAUGCAGGUAGAUAGGUAGAGUCGGGCAGUCGAACGGAAUAAUCGAUGCUUGACGAAGACAUGCCGGAGGGAAGACGGUCUAGGGAGGUAGCCGGGCAAAUAAUUAAUCAUGUACUUGGUAAUUGGUAUAUAUAAACUUGUUGUUUCCAUCCCUAA